AAAAGCCACAAUAAACCUUCGAAAAAAUCCACGAAUAUUUGCCAGAAGAAAUAUGAACUUACCGAAAGUAUCUCAAAAAGACUAUGAAGAAUCUAAGAGCAACGACGAAAGAACACAUCGAAGGAAAACAACAAAUUA